AUGAAAGCCACGACCCAAUUGCGCCAGAUGCUGGCGUCCGACCAGUUGAUUGUUGCUCCGUUCGUCUUGAAUGCGCUGCACGCCCGCAUCGCCGAGGACGUGGGACACCACGCGGUAUACAUGACCGGGGCCGGCACCGCCGCCGAACGUGGGUUCCCCGACGUUGGCCUGAUAACCAUGACCGAAAUGGUGUCCAAUGCCAAGUACAUUGCCGACGCGGUGAACAUCCCGGUGAUUUGCGAUGCGGAUACCGGUUACGGCAAUCCCCUCAACGUGCAUCGCACGGUGCGGGAGUAUGAAUCCGCCGGAGUGGCGGCCAUUCACCUGGAGGACCAGGUAUUCCCCAAGAAGUGCGGCUUUUUCGCCGGCAAGCAGGUUGUGCCUAUUACCGACCACGUGCAGAAGAUUCGCGCCGCGCUGGAUGCCCGCACCGACCCCGACUUUGUGAUCAUCGCCCGCUGCGAUGCCUACGCUGUGAACGGUUGGGAAGACACGGUUGAGCGCUGCCGGGCCUACCGGGAGGCUGGCGCCGACCUGGUGUUCGUGGAUGGCAUCAAGUCGCAGGACGACAUACAGCGGUACGCCGCCGACCUGGGUGACGUGCCCAGGAUGUACAACGGCGACCUGGCCACCACGCAGAAGAUGCAGGACCUGGGCUAUAAGAUCAUGAUCUGCGGCAGCACCAUCUGGCUCAUCUACAAGCAGGUACGGGCCGCCUAUGAGGAGUUGAUGACCGACGGCAUGGUCGAUCCGGAUCGGUACGGCACCCGCUGGGACGUGGCCUCGGUGCUGGGCCUGGAUGCAAUCUACGAGCUGGAAAAGAAAUACGGAGUGCAGGAUGUGGGCACGGACGUGGCGGCUUUGGCCGCUGCCCAGGCGGUUCAGAUGGCAGCCGACGCGGCGGUUCCGGCACCAGCCGAUGACUGA